GGGUUUCCACUCAACUGGAUUCUGCCAAAGGAAAAAAAAAAAAAAAGUGCUUGCACUGCUCGCCUGCAAUAUACCACUUCUCUGCAUCCUCUCUUGAUGGCCCCGGGUUACUGAUCUUCUUCUGCCUGGGUGAAGAGCUGGAAGCCUGAAGUGGGACGGGCGAAUAGGAGAAACUUCGCCCCCGUCCCGUUCUCCACUUUUAAUGAGCACUGCGCUCAGGCAGGAGUAAAAAACUCCAGGUGGAACAGCGCUCGCUGCUUUUCAAUGAAAGAGUGAGGAUUCGGGAAGGCUAAGCUGGGAAUCACCCCCUUUAAGUCCUGGAGGAUUAUUAUACCCACUCAGGUUAUACAAGGAUAUCUGGCUAACGUGCAGAAACAGCGCUGUCCAUCAUGAUCAGAGCAUCACUCACUGCCAUCUGCCUUGUGCUCCUCCUGUCCUAUGAAUGCUGGGCCAAGCCUAACGGAUCAAAGAACAAGAAACCAAAGCAAGUUGUUCCAGCUAUAGAUUGCGAUGUCAGAGCAGGAAAGAUCAGUCUCCCAGAAUUCAUAGUAAAAUGUCCUGCACGCUGUAGGGAAACCAAGCAGCAAGUCUAUGGGACAGGAGUGUUCGCCUCCAUCUCCAGCAUCUGCAAUGCAGCCAUCCACAGUGGUGUCAUCACCAACUCAGGAGGAAAGGUGAUAGUGAGGAAGAUGGCCGGACAGAAUAUCUACAAAGGCAGCAACUCCAACGGGGUGCGCUCUCUGUCUCUGCCUAAGUGGAGGGAGUCAUUCGUUGUCUCAGAGGGGAGGCCCAAGAAGGGAGUAAUCUACCCAUCCACUCUGGAUUACGUCCCUUCAAGACCGACUUAUGUGAAAACAAGUCAAAAGGAGACCACAACACUUCCUCCAACAACAAUAGCACCUGAACCCACACCAACAACUCCUGAACCGACCACGACCACUACCACCACACCGACUCCAACCACGACUUCCACCACCACUACACCACCACCACCACCACCACCACCACCCCCUACUACCAAGGCUCGAGCUGUUGUACACAAAGUGAGGGAAGCAGGCAGCAUUCACCCAUAUCUUGCCCGUGCGGCAGCUUCAAGUUCAAGACAGACACAGAAUGGUCAAGGAAAGAGUCCCAGCCAAGUAUUCAGAGGAAGUUCCUAUUCACAUAGAUUUCCACAACGCACCAGUGCAGGUGUGCGCAAACAAGAGGCAGGGUCGACUAUCCGGAGGCAGCUAUCCUCUCCAGUUGGUCCAGUUUUUAACAGGGUUCAGCCUGCCCCGCCCGAGCGAACUCCAACCAUGAGCCAGUCCAACCCUGCUUUGCCCAGAAGGGAUUGGCCACUCCCCUCUUUUCCUCGUCCCGAUUGGUUCCCCGGAGCUCGACGACCAGCAGAUAUAAGUUACGCAGUCCCAGACUCAGGAUACACGUGGAGUGAGACCGACACACCUGAGGUUACAGCUCGGGAUCACAGGCCUGAUAUCUCAGAAUAUGAGCGCUGGUAUUAUAACUUUGGACCAUACCCGCCCCGACCUGCUGACUCGGACCGUAAAAUGCUGGAUACAGGCAACGCUAAAGUGGAGCCGGUGGACGCCUGGAAUCCAGACGCAAACCUUUAUGAAUCAGGCUUCAGUGUGAGGGAACAAGAGCCUCAGCUCAGAGCACCUGAACCCGUGUCACAGGGAAAUCCAGACUGUAAGGUGGACCUGGCCUUUUUGAUGGAUGGGAGCUGGAGCAUUGGCAAGCGGCGUUUUAAGAUCCAGAAAGACUUCCUGGCUGAGGUGGCGCAGACCAUCAAUGUGGGCGUGGCUGGCCCCAUGAUGGGCAUCAUCCAAUAUGGAGAUGACCCUGUGACAGAGAUCAGCCUGAAGUCUCACUCCAACUCCAGAGAGGUGAAGACAGCCAUAGAUAAGAUUGCGCAGAAAGGAGGCCUCUCCAAUGUGGGAAAAGCCCUCUACUACAUCAACAAGCACUACUUCAGUGAUGCCAGUGGAAACCGAGGAGGAGCACCCAACGUGGCCGUGGUGCUAGUGGACGGUUGGCCCACAGACAAGGUGGAAGAGGCGUCUCGACUUGCUCGCGAGUCUGGCAUCAACAUCUUCUUUGUCACUAUUGAGGGCCCCGAUGACAAUGAGAAACAGAACCUAGUUGAGGCCAACUUUGUUGACAAGGCUGUGUGUCGGACCAGUGGCUUCUUCUCACUUCCUGUGAACAGCUGGUUUGCCCUGAGGAAGGCCGUGCAGCCCCUGGUGAAGCGAGUGUGCGACACAGACCGCCUGGUGUGCAGCAAAACCUGCCUCAACGCCAACGACAUCGCCUUUGUCAUAGACGGAUCUAGCAGUGUGGGAACUGGCAACUUCCGCACCGUGUUGCAGUUUGUGGCCAACAUCACGCGGGAGUUUGAGAUCUCAGACACAGAUACGAGGGUCGGGGCCGUGCAGUACACGUAUGAGCAGAGGCUGGAGUUUGCCUUCGGCCAGUACAACAACAAAGCUGAGCUGCUGAAUGCCAUCAAACGCAUCAACUAUUGGAGUGGUGGGACAAGCACUGGAGCUGCCAUCACCUACGCGGCAGAGCAGCUUUUCAGCAAAUCCAAACCCAACAAACGCAAGAUCAUGAUUGUCAUCACAGACGGGCGCUCUUAUGAUGAUGUCAGGGUGCCGGCGUUGGCGGUCCAUCGCCAAGGUGUGAUUGCCUACUCCAUCGGCAUCGCCUGGGCAGCCCAGGACGAGCUGGAGUACAUCGCCACGGACCCCGACAAGGAGCACUCCUUCUUCGUGGAUGAGUUUGACAACCUCUACAAAUUUGUACCCAAAAUCAUCCACAACAUCUGCCAGGAGUUCAACUCUCAGCCCAGAAACUGAGGAAGGACAUGCGCAGAGGUCGGUCCGGAUCCUGGGCUUCCUUAACAGAACACAACUGGAAAAUUUACUCACUCUGUUGCCCAGAUAAUUGGACUGGCUUUGGUGCUCCAUAUUCGAAGAGGGAGGGGUUUGAAUGUAGGUGAGGGCAAAAACACAUUUUAGAGUAUAUCCCAAAUAUUCAGAUGGUGCUAAUGUUACAGGAUUGGCAAACACAAUGACAAACUGACAUCGCAUCUAUAUUGUGGUGCCAGCUGUUUUCUGUUGGUGUCAUAAUGAGAACGGAAUUCAAACUGUUGCAAUAGCACCAAUAAUUCACCCAUUAUAAAGGCUUUAUAAGUUGCAACUUGUCUUAUUAAACUAAACUAUUUACUACAGCUUUACAGAGCACCUAGUCUUUCAUACUGUUUGGUAUGCAAGAAAAAGCUUAAAUGUGUCCUGAUACAAAAUACCAGGUGAUCCUACAGCAUUUGGUUGCAAGCCAGCAUGGUUUCCUGGCCUUUUUUCUAACCACCAUGCAGCUACAAGUACAGUAAGAGGGUUGAAAAUCAUGGUGCAAAGUUACAGUGAAAUAGUGUGUCCCAGUUGUAUGCAUACUCCAUGCAAAAGUAGCAAGUGGGCGAGCACAGAGAGGCAGCAGAGAGCGAGCCAGCCUGGAAAGAACAGGCCACACAUGUAUCUGUAUUUCAGGCUGGGAAAUGUCCUCCUGGAUGCUGCUCAUCUCCUUUACUAUCAAACUUUUGGCAAACAGGAAAAAAACUGCACAACAAAAGUUUUCUGUUUGAGCACUUGUUGAUCCUAAAGCUAUCUCUAAAUCUGGGCAUUAGUAAAUUGUUCAUUAAUAUUACUGUAGUGCUUCAUAUAGUACCUUUUUAUGAAAGGUGACAUAAUGGGAAAUAAACAUACUAUAAGACUGUCUUUCUGGGAUGUGGUGCCUGCAGAGAAAUGUAGAUUUAAAGCAUGCCUAGCACUUCCUCUUAUGGCUGAACAAUCUUCAUAAACCUAAUAACAUGGUGCUUUUAUACAAUUCCCUGUAAAGAGGAAAUACUUUCUUAGAGUCGCUGCAUUUUAAUCUUCCUAAUAGGAGAGUUCUGAUCAUGGGGACAUUGUUUAAGUUCCUCAGAGGCUACGGUGCUGAUAUGAUUCUUACAUGCAACCAAAAAGUGGUGGUGGAAGGCGAAGCAACAACACGGAUGUGGACUAGCGUGAAAUGUAAGAUUGUUUAUCUUGGUAUAGAGUGGCAGCAGGUCAAAAAUCUGCUUUUUCAGGAACAAAAUCAGCUCAUCUUAAUCUUCAUUUUCUAACAGUGCUCGCUUCUCAUACUGAAGUUUUGUUGGAAGAGUAUUUAUGAUUUUAUCAUUCUUAUGCCCUGUUUGUACAUAUGCAUAUUCAAAAAGCCUAUCACUAAUAAUGUUCAGAUAAUCAAUAUUUUU